GGUACCUACAUCCGGUCCGACCGAUAAUACGUCCCCGCUUUGGUCGCAUGACUUUUCGCUUUCCAUGCAUGCAUUUAUGAUAGCAGUUCAUCUCACCAGAUUUAAGGCUGUAAUAAAUCUCAGUAAAUGCACAACGCUUAUUCCUCUUUCAAAAGUAAAUGUUAAUAUUUUUUACUCUGUAGACAACACUCGUACAAGAACGAAGUACAUGUCAAGUCAAGCCAAGCGUCUUUGCACCGACAGCAUGUCUUUUAAAAAGAUUGGCACUCACAAUGGAACUUUCCACUGUGAUGAAGUACUUGCCUGUUUCAUUCUUCGUCAGCUUCCUGAAUAUAAGGAUGCAGAGAUCAUUCGGACCAGGGACCCCGCGGAGCUGGCAAAGUGUGACAUAGUUGUGGACGUAGGAGGAGAGUUCGACCCAAAGAAGCAUCUCUAUGACCAUCAUCAGAGGACGUUUGGCGAGAGCUUCCACAGCCUGUGUGCGGAGAAGCCCUGGGUGACCAAGCUGAGCUCCGCCGGCCUGGUCUACGUCCACUUCGGCAGGCGGCUCCUGGCCCAGCUCACCGGGCUGGGGGAGGGCGACCGGCAGCUGGAGGUGCUCUUUGAGAAGCUGUACGAGAGCUUUGUGGAGGAGGUGGACGGAGUGGACAACGGUAUCUCCCAGUGCGACGGCGAGGUGCGCUACGCCGUCGGCAGCACGCUCAGCUCCCGCGUGGGACACCUCAACCCACGCUGGAACAGCAAGAGCCAGGACACAGAGGAGGGAUUCAAGAAGGCCAUGAAGCUCGUAGGUGGGGAGUUGCUGGAUCGUCUGGACUUCUACCAGAACUCCUGGCUGCCAGCUCGUGUAGUGGUGGAGGAGGCCAUUAAGGAGCGCCAUCAGGCGGACCCCAGCGGGGAGGUGGUGAUCCUAUCCCAAGGGGGGUGUCCCUGGAAGGAGCACCUCUUCGCCCUGGAGGAAGAGCUGAAGGUGGACACCCCCAUCAAGUUCCUCCUGUACCCCGACCAGAACGGACAGUGGCGGGUCCAGUGUGUCCCGGCUGGCCUCAGCACCUUCAAGAACAGGCUCUCUCUGCUGGAGGAGUGGCGCGGCAUCCGGGACCAGGCGCUCUCGGACCUCAGUGGGAUCGAGGGCUGCAUCUUCGUCCAUGCCAGCGGCUUCAUCGGCGGGAACAAGACCAAGGAGGGGGCCCUGGAGAUGGCCCGUAGGACCAUGCAGGCCAGCGCCCUCGCACCCACCAAUGGUAGCACUUGAGUCCCUCACAAAUCACAGUCAGCGGAGGGCUUUGCAGUCAACUGAGGGUCGCUGAGUGACUGAGUGAGUGGGGCAUAUUCUAGCCAUGACUAAUGAUACAUUUAUUCGUUUCGUUUAUUUUUGUUUUUUAUGUUCAGGAAAUUAAAUGUAAAAUUUGUCAUCCUAUUACAUUGGACUGAAGUGUCGAACAUACUUUGCCUCUACUUGCUUGUUCUUUUUGAAUAAUAAAAAACAUUUUCUAUAGAAAAUU